AUGGCAGAGGAAAUAUUGAAACUGAUCUGUAGCUCUGCUAAACUAGAACGUGACAGAGGUGUGGCAGAGCUGCAGCGAUUUAUAGCCACAUUAGAUGGACCAGGAAUCCAAGAACUUGAGCAACGGUUCCUCCAGUUGUUAGGAGACACCAGCGCAGAAUGGGAAAAGAAGCAUGGAGCUCUGAUGGGUGCCAAAGCUGUCCUUGUACUGCAAGUUUCUUCCGACGAUUUUUCGUCUGUAAUGGGAGAAAAGGCCAUCAGUUUGUUGGAUGAUGGAGAGUUCCGUGUAAGAAUUGCUGCUGGAGAGGUGAUGGGUGCUCUGUGUAGUAGGGUAGGUCCUGAGAUAUAUGGGCUAUACAAGGAUGUCAUACUUCAGGGAGUGCGAUCAAACCUUGAGCGAGAUCUUAGUCUGCUAGAACCGAUGACUUCAAGUCAGGAGGACACAGAAAAACUUGUGGAAAAACUUGGAAACCUGGCAGAUAGGAAAAGGAGGAACAGUGCAGAUGCUGCUCAGAUAUUCCAUGACACAGCUGGUUGGAAAGCACUUGAAACAUGGAUGAAGUGCCUCCAGUCUAUGAUAGAUGGUUGUGGCCAUCUGUUUAACCCUCAUGUAGAUCAGGACCUGUUAGACCUGAUAUUCCAAGCACUGAAUCACACUAACAGGUUUGUGCGGGAGACUGGCUAUUAUGUGUGCGCCUCUCUCGUCUCCUGUGGAAUUGAUCACAAUGCCCCUGAUGGUGUGGUUGCUAUAGAUGAGAGCAAUGCUGUGUACAGAUAUGGCCAUCAGUUCACAGAGUACCUGGGCAAGGGUCUCAGUGACAACUGGAGUCAGGUUCGUCUAGCAGCGUCAAUUGCCACCCGCAAGUUUUUACAAUCUCUGCCCUCAGAUGAAAUCCGAGGACAGUUCUACCCAGUGCUAAUUCCUCGUAUGUGCCUGAACAGAUAUUAUGUGGCUGAAGGUGUAAAGAUAUUCUCACAGGAAACUUGGCGUCAGAUAACUCAAGGGGAAGGGAAGCAACUGGUGGAAAGGUACAUGCCUCAGGUGGUGGAGUAUUACAUUGAACAGUCAGAAGCUGACAAUCAUGCUGUGAGGGAAGCAGCCUGUGCCUGUAUUGCUGAGUUAGGACAUAAGCUGGACAAGUCAGUGGUCAGUCCUUACAUCCCCAAACUGCUAGAUGCAUUAAUUGUCUGUUUCAAUGAUGACAGCUGGCCUGUCAGAGAUGCUGCUUGUGUGGCAUGUGGCAACUUUGUGCAGUGUUUUCCACAAGAAUCUAAGGAUUCCAUGCCUACAUUGUACCCACUGUUCUUCAACAAUUUACAAGACAACAUCCCAUCUGUGAGACAGGGUGCUGCUCUGGCCCUAGCUAAUGUUCUCAAAGCAUAUGGGGACGAGAGUGCUAAAAUAGUAAUAGCUAAAAUCAAAGAGGGUCUAGAGGGUGUAGCAUCCCAGCCAGUGACCGCUGAGAAGUACGGGGAUCUGGAAAAGGGCCCUGCGACUUACGGAGUUGUGAAGAGAGCCAGGGAUAAUGAUAUGGAUCUACACACAGACAAACAGAUGUACUCCUGUGGGUCCCUGGCCCCCAAAAUGGGCAGAGGGAAGCGAGGGGGUGGAUGUAUGGAUCACAAGUUCAGGAAACCCCCAGAGCCAUGGGAACUGGCAGAUGGUUGCGUCCACUUGGUGUCAGAAAUAGCCAAUAUUCCUCAGUACAGCUCAGUGUUGACAGAGUUACUCCCCCUUGUUGCUCAAGCUGCCAGUCAUAAACAUUACACUCAGCAUUUUCAACUUCUAGAGAGCAUUUGUAAACAGCUGCCAAGUAUUGCAAGAGGUUUGGGGAAAAGGCCUUUCAAGCAGUUUAUUGAAUUUUUUUUAAAUCCAGUAUUUUAUGCUCUGACAAGUGACAACGCCUUGACCUCCAGUGCAGCCAGCCAGUGCCUUAACCAGCUCAGCAGCUUCCUGGGACCCAACAUCCUCAGAGGACGCGUGGAACAGUAUAACCCAAGGUACUUGGAACAACUGGAUGCCAAUCAGUUCAUAGCUCCAUUGUAGUUACAUUGUAGUUACAUUGUAGUUACACUGUUGUGACCAGAUGCAGGAUGCAGAUAUAUCCGACAGUGACACAGGGAGUGUUGGGGCCAGCCUCUAAAUUAACACAACAACAGAAAGCUGUUGCUUUCCUUGUGCACUAAGGCUGUGAUGGGGGUGUUUAUUAGUUAACAGUAUCACAUUUUACAGGAGAUUUGUAGAAGAAUAUACCUCAGACCUGUUUUAUAAACCUGCAUAUUGUUUUUUUUGACCUCCCUGAAAUGGGAAAACAUUCACACAGGUUUUUUAAUCGGUGUAGUAUGUUUGCCCAGGCACAAGUGCAUUUGUUAUGAUGUAAAAUGUACAAAUACACACAAUAUAUAGAUAAAAACAUGCGGAAAACGUUCAUAGUGGUUGUUGUUACCGUUUGUGUGAGCAAGUGAUAUGCUUAGUGGACUAACAAUUGGAUGAAGGAUUAUGGCCCUAUUUCGGCCAAAUCGUGGGGAAAAAAUGAUUUAGAUGAAAGGGCAGCCAUCUUAUUUAAUUAUUUGAAAAGGGCAGGAUAUUUGAAUUUGAAUUUCGUGUAUUAUAUGACACUUUGUUUUGUUACACAGACCCACCUGUAACCAAGGCUACUCUAGGAUAUAGUACACCUUGUGAUGGAAUUUUAGAGGCAGCUGUUUGUUUAAUGUUCAUAUAGAUUUGUUUAUAAUUACGGAAAAUUAAUAUACUAGUUGAAUGUGUGGAACAUUAACCACUGUGUGUUGGUUUUAAAGAUGGUGUGUUUUUGAAGAUAAAAUUACUUUCAACUUGCCUAGUCAUCAAUGAUAAUAAUUUACAAAACUUGAGUUUUUUUUAGACAAAUACCCAUGACUUGUAGGUUGUUAAAAGCUAGUAUCAUUUUACAAUUUGUUUAUAGCCUGAUAAUGUUUAGUCCUUGGUUAAUGUUAAUGCUAGUUGCUGUUGUUAUGGUGUAUAUAGAACCCGUCUUUGAAGUUUAGCUUGUUAAAGUGUGCAUGUGUAUCAUACACAGGGAAGCCUGGCUACAAAGGUAGUGCCAGGAUAAAUAUGAAUUAUACAGGGGUGCAUUUACAGAAUUUCUAUGUAUCGUCAUCAUCAUCUCCAGUCUUGUCUCACAAUUGCCUCCCACCAUAAGCCUGAGUUUGUAGUGAGUGUGUGUAUUACUGAAAUAAUCAUGAAUACCUAGAGGAUAUAGCCUUCACUGUGCAACGUUCUGUUUAUUAUUUAUGAAAAUAUCAUAAUUUUGUGGAUUUGAACAAGAUUAAGCGAUGUUUUUAACUGUAGGACUUCACAGACUUGUGUAUAUGACAUGAAGUCGAACAUGAUGUCGGAUUUUUUUUCAUGAAGUAGGAAUGUUAAAGUUGAGUAAACAUCAUACCACUGAGCUUAGAAUGGAACAUCACAAAACAAAAUGUUUUUUUU